CAAAAUGGCCGACUUUGACGUGAAAGAUGUUUUGGAUCAACAACAAAGUCUCCUUGAUGAGUUCCAUAAUGGAAAGUCUUCUUUACAACAACGAAUGGCAGAAGUAUCAGAAGAAGACAAAUUAUGCAAAAUGAAAUUGCCUCCAAGCAAGACUGAAUUUCACAAACUGAAGAUCACAUACAAGUCAUUACAGAGUAAAAUUAACUUCUAUGAGUUGAUAAACACGGCAAAAGAAAACUGGCCCACACUUUCAUCCAUUGAAGAUGAAAUAAAAGCUAAUAAAAGUAAAUUUGAAGGACUUCGAGAAGAGAUAGAAAACAUAAAGGAGGAAAUGAAAGAACUGACAGAGAAAGCACAAACUGCACAAGAACAAAAAGAUCAGAAUGUUGCUUUAAUGGAUGAAAAGAUGCAGUUAAUUGAAGCCAAGAAGAACAAGUUUGUAGAGCUACGUGAAAAGUACAACAAAGUUUACAACAGUUACAAGAAACGAGGAGUGUCACAAGAUGAUAUAGAUUCUGUCUUGGCAUCUCAGCGAAAACAGUUGAACGUUGCCAACGAGGCCAUCAUGCAGUAUGAAGACACCCUGCAAUCGCGUAAACUUGAAACUGACAACUUUAAAGCAGAAAGUGAGGAAAUUAGACAAAGAGUAAACAUUGCUACAGCGUCACUUGGAGCUUUGAACAAUCAAAAACAAGAAAAGGCUGAAGAAAUUACCAAUAAUCUCAACUGGUGCCAUGAAAUGUGUAAGAUAUUGUCAUACAUGGGACGUAUAAGUGACCCUGUGGUUGAGGAAGACAGUAUACACUUGGAAAUAGCAUCGUUGGCUCCUAACUGUAAACCUUUGAUUGUAUCCAUGCAUUUUACAAAACAAUCAACAGGAGAUGUAAUCCUCUCAGAUGCCAAGACAAACAUUAUGACCCUAGUUACUGACGAUGUAAUCACAGCAGGAGUAAAAGACAAUGAUGUAUUGUUUUUAUUGAAUGAAAUUAUCCAUCGAUAUGAUUGUCAUGCUCCUCUCUUAGGCGAGAUGGAAGACCUAAGAAGCAAAUAUGCGAUUGAUUGGAUUGUUGAUGAAAGAAAAGUCAAGUUGAUGAUAGCUGACAAUGUGCAUAAUGUAUGUACCUUAUGCAUCGAAGAAGGUUAUCCAAUAACAGGUGGUGUGCUCUUGAAAUCUAUUGAUGGUUCAGAUGUUUCCUUGGACAACUUGAAGCCACCGAUGCCUAAUCCUAGCAUAACAGAUUGGAUACACUAUCUUCAUAUACAGCUGAGCAAAGAAAUGGAUGUUUAACUGAGAUUUAUUUCUAAUGAGAUGAUGAAAACUGUCAAUAUCUGGAAUGUGAUGAUGAACACUGCCAAUAUACCAUAUUUACUACUCAUAUCUAAUAUUAACUGUAGCAAAACAAGCAUGGAUAACAAUAAGUUAAAGUAAUAAUAGCCUUCUGAUAAUAAAAAAAUUACAAAAAAAUAAAA